AUGACAGGCAACAUUUUGAGUGUCUGUCUCUGGGUCGGCGCGACGGAUUUUCGGAUGUUCAUCGCGAGUCGCAUUGUUGGCGGUCUUAGCGAAGGCAACGUCCAGCUCGCCAAUGCAAUUAUUGCAGAUAUCAGUGAUGAGAAACAGCGGGGAUCAGCCAUGGCUCUUGUUGGGGCAUGCUUUAGUCUCGCGUUCACCUGCGGUCCGGUCCUAGGUGCAACGCUCGCAAGUAUCAACAUGGUGGCUUCAAACGAAUUUGCUGUGGCUGCUGGAGUCUCCCUGGUUCUGGUCGUUAUGGAGACAAUAUACAUAUACUUCUCUCUACCGGAGACACAUCCACGUUUGAGGCACUUGCAAGAACAUUCCUCUGUGGCUGCCAAACCAAGCCAUAGUAGCAAGUUCGACGUCACAACACCGGCUGUGGUCAAUGGUGGUGUAUCAAAGGUCUCCACAAAUGGCCACGCAUCGUCUUCUUCCGCACGUCAAGAGAAAACCACCAAGACAAAACCUCGCAAUACGUUGGUUUUGAAUGUUCUCCAUCUCCUCUUUCUUCUUCCUUUCUCCGGACUGGAAUUCUCCCUUCCAUUUCUCACGACGACACUAUAUUCCGAUCAAGCAAAAAGCAUCAACCCCUCUGCUUUAAAUGGGCGUCUUCUUUCCCUUAUGGGCCUCAUUGCUUCUUUGCUUCAAGGAACAGUUGUUCGACGUCUACCACCGAUUGUGAACAUACGAAUCGGCGUUGUUGCUUGCGCAAUUUCAUUUUUCCUGCUUGCACGCGUGUCUUCAAUCAGAGGUGUCUAUGUCGCUGGUAUUUUUCUGGCUAUCACAUCAGCUACAGUAGUGACAGGCAUCAAUAGUCUAGGUAGUUUAGUGGCGCGUGAGGGUGAACGCGGACUUGUUCUUGGCCGUCUACGAAGCUGGGGCCAGGUGGGCAGAGCCGUGGGACCAUUGUUCUUUUGUUCGCUGUUCUGGUGGGUUGGAAGGGAGGUUGCCUAUACAACGGGGGGCGUAAUGAUGAUGGGCGUUGCGGUGGCUGCCUUCACUAUACUGCAGUCGCCUCAAGUCAGCAGAUGA